AUGGAUGACAAUGAAGAAUAUAUUAAGAAUAAGAAUGUUGUAGAAAUAUUUGAGGUUUUGUUAGGUUUCAUCUACUUUAACAGACCAAGAAAUAUUAUAGAAUUCAUAAUUGAUGAAUUGAAAAUAUUAGAAAAAAAAAGGAAUAUUAAAAAAGUAUUUAAUGAAGAUGAUAUACAAUCAGUGUAUGAUUUUAUUAAUUUAGAAAAUAAACAAUCUAUUAAUAGAGAAGAAUGUAUUUUAGGAUUGAGUCAAUUUGUAUUAAAUAAUAAACAAAGAGAAUAUUUAGAAAAGAUAAAUAUUGGAAUUAACACUAAUAUAAAAGAAUUCACUUCUCAUGCGGAAAAUAUUAUAAAUAUUUAA